AUGACCCAAUCGACGACCCCAUUCACUAACCCUUUUCCUUCGUCUCCGUCAUCGGAUCCACCAGAUCCUAACGUCAAUCAGAUGGAAGAAGAUAUCCCCCAUAAACCUUCAUAUAAGGAAGUUGUAACUGACCAAUCUCAAGAACGCUCAACUUGCUAUGAAGAGGACUUCACUACUGAGUCGGAGAAAACGACGAAUGUGGAUACAAAAACAUCCAUAUCCCUCUCAAAGGAAGAAAAACAUAGAAUUUACUCUCCAUGGAAGCACUCAGUAAUCAUCAAGUGUGUGGGGAAGAAGUUUAACCAUAACUAUCUCAAAAUCAAGCUUACAGAUCUCUGGAAGUUUGUAGAGAAAUUAACACAAAUCGACCUUGGGGAUGAGUUUUUUACAGUGAAAUUAGGACUCGAGGAAAGUCAAAAGAAAAUCCUUCAUCUAGGUCCUUGGUUCGUAGCAGGAUCCUAUAUAUCCACUAGAAAAUGGGAGUCAAAUUUUGUUCCCUACCUAUCGAAAAUCCCAUUUACUGCGAUCUGGAUAAGACUCCCAUUCCUACCAAUAGAGUUCUAUGAUAGAUCGAUACAUGAAAGGAUUGGGAAGCAAAUUAGCAGCCUGUUAAAGAUUAAUACUUGUACAUAUGCAACUCUUAGGGGUAGGUUUGCACGGAUCUGUGUCCAAAUCCCAUUGGACACCCCAGUAUGCACCUCUAUCCUCAUUGGUACACAUUCACAACCGAUCUACUACGAGGGCGAAGGAAUAUUGUGUACGGGAUGUGGUCGAUUGGGGCAUGUGUUAAGGCACUGCGACUUCAAAGUCAAGGAAAAUCCUCAAGAAGAGCAACCCAAAGCAGAAGAACAGACCUUCAAAGAAUCUGCUUAA